AUGUUCGGUGGGUCUAAAUCGGACUUGAUAAUGUCACCUCCGCCUCACCCCAAGGCGAACAUGCUAGACCUUUACAUGACACGUUACGAUUAUGACUACAAUCGAGACAUCGAUCCGAGCGGCCAAGGAGAGAAAAAAUCAAAUUUCACCGUGAGCGGCGAAGUUCGGAACCGACCCAUAUUUCGAGCAGGAGCUCAAACCGGUGGCGAGGGAACAACUUACCGCUCCCACUACGUAAAACACGAUGUAGAAGGGAAAGACUUCCGUGACAUCCUGCAGUCGUGCUGCCGGGCAGGUGAGCCGGAAACCGCUUUUGUGCACGGGCGCUCAACUCAUGUAAUGGGGUGCUCAACUGGCGACGGAGUUCCCCCGAACACAACAUACAAAACAGAUUAUGUUUAUAAUGGUCGGUCGAUCGGUGGAGAACCACAACUGUACGCGGGCGCCAAGGCAACUGCUUUCAGCCCUAACUUACUGGCAAUCCCUCCGACAGAGGAGGAAUUGCGCAAGAUGGCGGAAGUGGCCCCCAAAAUAACAUCCAUCGAGUCGCUCGCACCGAAACCAAAGCCAAGUUUGGAGGGACUACCAGCAAAUAAGGAAGAUUUGUUGGCUUCGCGCCGCCCGCAAUUAACAACAGGGGGGCAUCCGACUGAUUACUACUGCACUUCAUGGGUGUAUGGGGAUAAAAGUCUUGUUUACCCGUCUCAACUUCCAUGUGGACUUACAAACUCCCAGAACGGCCAUCUAAUAGGGACAAUACAGAAUAAGGCUGAACUGUUAGCCCUUCUUGCCGGUAGGAAGAAGGCGGCGGCCAAGGCUACUAAUCCUAUGCCCGAUACAACGAAUCCCAUUGCGAUCGAUAAAGCGGCUCAGCCCUAUUGUGGAGUAACCCGGCGACUCGAGAAUGAAGGUCAUGUGAAGAUGAGCAUGUAUAAGAGCAACUACAUCGAUCAAGCGGUGCUUCCCGAGCUUCCAGACGCCGCGGUACAGGCCGGAAACCACGAUCCGAACGACGAGAGUGACACCACCAACCGCCGUGCCGCAACGACAAACGCGGGAACGCUGACAAAGCGCAUGCACAGGUUGGGUACACUUCGUAAUUCACACGGAUAUGUGCACAAACAGAGGGCACUGGACUCGGAUAUUGAUCUGCAAACCUGGAGGCGGAUGAGGAUAAUCGAAAAGCGUAUUGAUGUUGAUAAAGCCGAUCCUCACCGCCACAAAUUGAAUCACCGCGCACAUCAAUGA